UUCAACUGAUCCACUGUUUUGAGCGUCUCUUCCCUUUGACCGGUUGCACUUACGCUAAUAUGUAUCACAGGGUGGGUGCUUAUUGGCGCAGACGAAAAGACGACGGACCCCGACGCCCCCCCGCCGGGCUUCUGGCUUGGACCAGGUAGUGAGGAAUGCUGUGACGUCACCACCGAAGGCAGGUGCCGCGGCGGGCGCCACAAGGUACAAGAGGGAAGGAAGGUGUUACAUGUCCCGGCUGGUACUGAGCACGCGCACUGGGCAGUUCCAGAGGACUGAGUGGAGAAGGGGAAAAAAAAAAAAAGCUACAGACCGAGAGAAAGCGCGCCUUGGCGCGCUCUCGCCCUGUUCUGGACCCAGCGAGGCAAAUGGUCCUGCUGCAGCCGCAGAGCAGAAGAUCUAAGAGUUGUGCAUAUACUUGAAGAUUCUGGAUUCAAGAAAAUGAAUUAAUGUUCCUUGGGAGAAGCUUUACAACAAGAAAAAAACUCUCACCCUGACAGACAUCUUAAAAUUCAGACUUGGACUAUGCUAAACUAGAAAUAAAGUCAAAAAUGAAUGUUGAAGAAUUGGAGGAAAUAGGCUUACAGCCUCCUUUAAUCAUUAGGGAUGAAAAUGGCAAUAAAUGUGUGUGUCGUAAUGCUGCAUUACCCUCACUGAAUGGAAGCCCUGCUAGCCAGUACCAAGAAGCAGAACAUGAAGACUACAUAGAACUGAAGGAUACAAAUGAUCUGAUAAACAGAGCUAGCCACCCAUGCACUGAAGCAGAAGACCUGCAGAAAGUUGCCAGUGACUACAUUUGCAUGGGGACCAUGGAUUUAGAGGCUGUGCAUAUCCCUGCUUCAAAGGAGCAAUAUUACAUGCAUGCCUUGAAACAAAAUGUCACAGAACCAACAAGCCUUCUUAAAGACAGCCUUGCGGUGAAGAGUAUUCAGAAUCUCGGGACUGAGGAAUCUGUGCCUUAUUGCCAGGCAGAUUGCAUGCACUUUGCUGCAGUUGAGUUAACUGAAAGUACAACAAUCCAAGAUGAAUUAGAUUGUUCUCAAAUAGGACAGGAAGGUGCUAGUCCAAGUGAAUCUUUCAUUACAGUUAUAAACAUGGAGAGUAAGUGUAAUGAAGAGGGAUCUGGCCAUCAGGUAUUUGCAUCUUCUGGGGAAAUGAAUACAAGGGACAAUUUGACUAACAGUGUAAACUCCUAUAAGCUAGAUGACCCUGGCAACCACAAUAUGGUGAACAUGAACCUAGAUAGGGGAAUCCCACUUGCUAAUGUUCUUUCAGUAACUGGAGAUAACAUCACUAAUUAUAUUGAUUUGGUAUCAAAGAAUAGGGAAUGGCAUGAAAACCAAGGAAAGCAGGGUGCUGAAUGGGUAAAUUCUUGCUAUAGGGACUCACCAGAGUUGGAACCAUUUAAGUGGUACGAAAGUGAGCCUUAUAUGCAUAGCACACCUGAGCAUGAUGAAGAUAAUAAAUGGGCAGCCAAACAUGGAAAAGAUGGUGCUGUCAAUGCCUUAUGUCCUCUAGCAAUACAGAGUUUUGAUGAACAUUUAGAGAAGGAGUUUUGCAAAGAUGGAGAGACUUUGACCAAAGGACCAAACUUUUCGGAAAAUGAUCAGGCUUUUCUUGAGGGAUGUGCUCAAGAAUCUGAGACAAUGCAAAAUGGUAUACCAAAGCUAGAAAAAGCUGUUCUGCCUGAACCCAAGUGUGAGGCAACAUUUGUAGUUUUUAAUCCCAUUGCUUGCGAAAAUGGCUCUAUUUCUCCUUUUACAGACUCAUCAAAAAAUACAACCUGUGUGGUUUUUGCCAUGGCUGAUGAAGUUGGUGGUAUUUCUAAAGCUGGGAAGAAUAACCACAUGGUGAAAGAGUGUGCUAGGAGGACUUCAUUCAGAAGUAAUUCUGAACGAGUCACGGUUAAACCAGUCACCAGAUCCCCACUUGCUCCUACCAUAACCAAAGCAAGAAAAGCAGAGAUAGUAAGCUUUCCAAAGCCAAACUUUAAAAAUGUUAAACCAAAAGUUGUGUCCAGGCCCAUACCACAAUUGAAAGAGAGUGCUGCAUUAAAAGCAGCUCAAAGAUCUCCUCAGCUAUCUACCACAUCAUCAUUUUCCCCAUCUUCUUCCCCAAGGCAAACAUCAUCUUCAAUUGCAGUGCUAAGAAAAAAAAUAGACUUGGAAAGAGGUACAAAAGCAGAAACACCGAUGAAUAAGACCUAUAAGCAACAUUUUAAUAAACACCUUCCUAGCCAAGCUGUACAUGCUGCAACUCAUUCUGAAAAUACUUCCCACAAGGUUACAAAAACAGCUGUGUUAAAACAGAAUGUGGAACAGGUCGACAAAGCGAGGUGCCCCAAUUCAACAUUCCUCUCUGUUUCUGGGGCUGUUACAUAUGCAAACAACACAGAUGGGACUCUGAAUGACAAAAUGGAAAUUGUAGAGUCCUGUGUACGGCCUUGUACUUUGAACAUCUGCCCAGUACCUCAAGAGGAACAGCAGAAUGACUGCCUGGGGGUUCCAACAGAAAAGUCUGCUCAAGAUGCAGUGAAUGAAGGUGUUGGACUUGCCCGUCUUCCUUCGGCUUCUUCACCUAAAGGAGAGAGAACACAGCUGCAGAGUUUACCCAAGGACACCCCAGUCAUCCUAAGAAAUAUCCCAGAUUCCAGGAGGACGUUCUGCUCUAAGAGAGGAAGUGACAGUAAAAAUGUUCAUGCAACCAAAGUAUCUUCUCCUCAAAGAGCAGUUCUACCUUUGAAUUCAGGAACAGAAUAUUUUACUCCUAAAGGAAGGCUUGCAUCUGCAAGAGCAUUGCCUGGAUCUUUCACCACUUCUGGAAAGUUAAUUCCUAAAUCAAAAGUGCCCGUCAAGGGACAAGGAUUUCGGAGAACCUCUAGCGUUUCUUCAGUCAGCAGCACACAGAGUGACCAAAGUACUUGCAGCAACAAAUCUACAAGUGCUACAAUUAUCAUCAAGAAUGGAGAGUGGCCUUCCAAGUCUGCUUGUCAAAAUGGUUCGGCUAUAAAGCCAGUACCCAGGCCAAGAGUGUAUUCCCUGAAAAACACCCCCAAAGGAACAAAAAGAAAGUUUGGUGUGGUGAGCCCCUGUGUGCCAAAAUCGGCAGGAACACUUCUUCCAGGAAGGAAAACCAGUGAUUCAAAAGGCAGUCAACAAUCAGGACCUGCAGGACAAAAUGGGCCUCGAAGUUUAUUUUCAGCGUUCACUUCUGUUGACAAGGGGAAGCAAAGGAGUCCUAAGAACUCAUGCAUACAGACCCGCAGUUCUGCUGAAGUACAUUCUACAGAAACAAAAACACACGAGUUGACGCAAUACAAAAGAAAAUGUGAACACCAAAGUGGAAUUAUCCAACAACUGAAGAAAUGCUUGGCAAGCAGUAACAGGAAAUUUGAAGCAUUAACUCUGGUGAUCCAACACUUGCAGUCUGAGAGAGAGGAAACACUAAAGCAGCACAAAGAGCUAUCUCUAGAACUUAUCCACCUUCGUGGCGAGUUGGGAACUACUACAACAGCAUGUGAGAAAUUGGAGAAAGACAGGAAUGAACUACAAGCAGCUUAUGAAGGAUUUGUGCAGAAGCUAAACCAGCAGCACCAAAGUGAUCUUGCUGAGCUGGAGGAGAGGCUAAAACAGUUUUACACAGCAGAGUGCGAAAAACUACAGACUAUCUGUAUUGAGGAAGCUGAAAAAUAUAAAGCACAGCUCCAAGAACAGGUUGAUGACUUGACCUUUACACAUGAAAACUUUAAAAUAGAGCUUGAAGCCAGUCAUACAGAGAGGAUCGAAGAACUGAAGAGGGAAUACGAAUCGUCCUUUUCAGAGCUCAAGAAUGUCCAUGAAUCAGAAAGAAAGACACUUCAAGAAUCGUUCCAAGAGAAACAGGAAGAACUAGAGAAAAAAAUUGCUGAGUUACAGAGUGAAAACGAUUCCUUGAACGAAAAGCUGAAGUUGGAAGAGCAAAAACGAAUAGCCAAAGAAAAAGCAAAUCUUAAAAACCCUCAGAUCAUGUAUUUGGAACAAGAGCUGGAAAGUUUAAAAGCAGUGCUGGAGAUCAAGAAUGAGAAACUGCAUCAGCAAGAUAACAAGUUGUUAAAAAUGGAAAAAAUGGUGGAAAACAACACAGCCUUAGGGGAGAAAUGGAGGAAGCUUCAGCAGGAGAAUGAGGAAUUAAAAGCUCGAAUGGACAAACACAUGGAGCUUUCGAGACAACUUUCCACUGAGCAGGCAGUUUUGCAAGAAUCCCUGGAGAAAGAAUCCAAAGUAAAUAAACGUCUGUCAAUGGAAAAUGAGGAACUUCUGUGGAAGCUACACAAUGGUGACCUGUGCAGCCGAAGAUCACUGUCCCCUACCACCCCACCAAUGCCUUUGCCAUCUCCAAGGAAUUCUGGCUCCUUCUCCAGCCCAACCAUGUCACCUAGAUGACACCCCUGUGUGCGUGGAGCUACUCUUUCCGUACUGACAUUUCAUCCGCAGUCUGCAGAACUUAAACAUGAAUCGAGGGAGCAAAGAGUUACAUUGGCUGUAUGUGGUCGAAAUGUAACUGGAAACUGCUGUCAUGAGGAGCAAGUAUAAAACAUACGUAGAGCUCUGGAGUAGGGCUCACCAAUGCUCUUCCUUGUGUUGUUUUUUUUAAAAGACUUCAGUAAUAACUUUUGGACGUUGUUGCACAAAGCACUUAAAAGAGCAAGAAAAGGUCUUGUUCGUUUUUGCCUUUUGCCUAACUAUAGGGGAAAAAAUGCUCAGGAACUUAUGCAUAAAUGGUCGUAACCUUUAACGCGUUCCUCACCGUAGGCACCUUUCUGAGACUUUGGGUGUGGUGUGAAAAGAUUGGAUGUAGCACAUGAAGUGUGUCUGAUGUGGCCGCCUUCACCGUGUACAUUGUAAAGGAUGAAAGCUGAAGAAUAUAGUGACAUGUAUAUCAUGAAUAAAACAUUUUCAGUAUGCAUGAUUUUUUUUUUUAAUGAAAGGUUUCUCACUUCUCUGGGGCUGAGAAAAAGCUGCCACUUGUGCUCUUGGGUCCUUCCUAAUCUCUUCUUCAGUUCAGUAAGAGGAUGAAAGGAAACAAUUGUUUGAUUUUUGUCUGUGUCUGCCUGUUUCAGUCAAAUCUGUAGUCUGAUAAUCUCUUAAACCAUAAUUUAAAUGAUGUUCUUCCUUUUUUUUUUUUUGCUUUCCUACUUUACACGAUAACUAUAUUGGAAUUAGAACUAGCUAAUGUCCCCUGCCCUCUUUUUAAAAUGGUACACAUCAGACAUGCAUCUCCUUUUGUCCAAGUGCGAUAGCAAUUGUAGAAGGUUGAUCUGAUCCAAAAUUGCCAGUUUUCAAACUGAAGGUGAAAACAUUCAGAUGGUGUUGUUUCUGUAAUAAACAGGAGAAUAAGAUUGUGUAUGCCUACCAAUGCAAUCCUUGCAUUGUGAAGAGCAACAAUCCAGGAUCAGUGACUUAUCAUUUUGCACUUUCUUGCACUUUUGCAAUUAAUGGCUAAAAGGAAAAAUCCAUACCUGGGUAAUCUGUAACAGAUUUGCCUGCCUUUUCUAAUAGACUUCAGGACUCUUCAUCUUCAGUUUCAUCUACAAAGAGGCUUUGCUCUGCUCUCCACCCCCACUAUUACAAAGACAAAAUUGGAUUGUAUUGCUGAAGUUGUAAGAUGCUCAUGUCACAUGUAACAUUUGAUACUAUAUUACAGAUUUAAAGAUGACAUAGUGCAUGUCUUCUCUUGUUGAUGAUCUGGUCAAAAUUUAUUUUUAUGAUUUCAUAGAUCUUUUAACUACAAACAUAAUUUUUUUGGGAUUGUGCUGUGCUUGGCAUACAAGGCAUCGUCAUAGUAUCCAAGAAUGCAUCAAUAAUUACUUUGCUGUGAAACAGCCCACUCAUUAGCAAACAGCCGUAUCCUGUUAUUACUUUGCAGUGGAAAUCUUGAGAACUAUUGGAGUUUCUUUUUCCUUUUCCACAAAACUGGAAAAAGGGAGUCCAGGGAAAUCAUUAAACUUGAACAGUAAAAUGUUAAAACCAAAUGUUUUGGUCUAGGAUGCAAAAAUGUUGACUCUAAAUUAGGAAGAUUUUAGUUACCCUUAUUCUGUAAUUAUGGAAGUAUUUACUCUGUAAUAUGAAAAAUACAAGGAUGAAAUAUUUAAUUUUUACAUGCUGUAUAAAGUGUGCCUGCCCUGUGCAACAUUUUACUUGCCCUUACCCCAUUUAUGGCACUGUAUUUGCCUCUGUAGCUAGAGAUGUCAGCACUUCUGAAUAAACUCUUGUCCAGAAAUUGAGUAGAACCAUGACAAUUCCGCUUCGGGCUGAAACUUGGCUUAGAAGUAUGUCUUCAAGCAAUUUUAUUUCCUUGGCAAGAACAAAUUUGAUGUUAUGUAUUCUUGAGUGUUCAAAAUUGAAAUAAAACUUUUUUUUCUACUGGUU